CGCUGUCCUGACCCCCGUUUCCCCGCGGCUGGAGGUGGGGGGGGGGAGGCGGCCCGCGGCCUGUGAGGGGGCGGCGCGGGGGCGGCGGGGCCUCCAUGGCCCCCUGAGGGGGUCCCGGCGGGCAGCCCGGGAACCCCCCGCUCCCCUCGGUGCGAGGGAUGGAGGAGGAGGAGCAGCAGCGCGCAGGGGGCGGCUGGGCCGAGUGGGGGCCCGGCCCGGGGGGGUCCCCGCCGUGGGUCCCCCCCCCGCCGCCCGACGGGGACGAGGAGCCCAAGCGGGGCCGCGGCGCGGAGUGGGGGGGCCCGGAGCCCUCCGGGGACGCGGGGCCCCCCCGGCCGGCGGCAGCGCCCUCCAAAGCGGCGGCGGACGAGAAGGCCGCGAGCGCCCCGCGCCCCCCCCGGGCCGGGGGCGAGCCGCGGGGUAAGGGCGGCGGGGGACCCGGCAAAGGGCCCGGGGGGCGACCCCCGGGCGAGGAGCGGAGCCCCCGCAAAGCCGCCGAGGAGCGCGGGGCCCGCGGCGGGGAGCGGCCCGGCCCCGAGGACAAGGCCCGGCGGCCCCUCGGGGGUCCCCGCGGCGGGGCCGGCCCGGAGCAGCGCGGGGAGUGGGGCUCGCCGUGGUUACCGGGCGAACCGGAGCCCCCCGAGGACUUUUUGCCCCCCCCGGAGUGUCCGGUGUUCGAGCCCAGCUGGGCCGAGUUCAGCGACCCCCUGGGCUACAUCGCCAAGAUCCGCCCGAUCGCCGAGAAAAGCGGCAUCUGCAAAAUCCGACCCCCGGCCGACUGGCAGCCCCCCUUUGCUGUCGAGGUCGACAACUUCAGGUUCACCCCCCGCAUCCAGCGGCUCAACGAGCUGGAGGCGCAGACCCGGGUGAAGCUGAACUACCUGGACCAGAUCGCCAAAUUUUGGGAGAUCCAGGGCUCCUCCCUCAAGAUUCCCAACGUGGAGCGGCGCAUCCUCGACCUCUACAGCCUCAGCAAGGUGGUGAUGGAGGAGGGUGGCUACGAGGCCAUCUGCAAGGACCGGCGGUGGGCGCGGGUGGCCCAGCGCCUCUCGUACCCGUCGGGCAAGAACAUCGGCUCGCUGCUGCGGGCGCACUACGAGCGCAUCAUCUACCCCUACGAGAUGUACCAGUCUGGGGCCAACCUGGUGCAGUGCCACGCGCGGCCCUUUGAGAGCGAGGAGAAGGACCGGGAGUACAAACCCCACAGCAUCCCCCUGCGCCAGUCCGUGCAGCCCUCCAAGUUCAACAGCUACGGCCGGCGUGCCAAGCGCCUGCAGCAGGAGGUGGGCACCCCAAAUCCCUCCCUGGGAUCCCCAAAACCUUCCCUGGGAUCUCCGAAUCCCACCCUGGGAUCGUCCCCUGACGCCGCUGUCCCGCAGCCCGAGCCCACGGAGGAGGACAUCGAGAAGAACCCCGAGCUGAAGAAGCUGCAGAUUUACGGGGCCGGGCCCAAAAUGUUGGGGUUGGGGCUGGUGGCCAAGGAUAAGACCCUGAGGAAGAAAGACAAGGAUGGCCCCGAGUGCCCCCCCACGGUGGUGGUGAAGGAGGAGCCGGCGGGGGAGCCCCGGGGGUCCCCGGUGCCGCCGGGGGCGCGGGACGGGCGGGACGAGCUGCGCCACAGCCCCGAGCCCUGCACCAAGAUGACCAUGAGGCUGCGCCGCAGCCACAGCAACAGCCAGUUCGUGGAUUCCUACGUGUGCCGGAUCUGCUCGCGGGGCGACGAGGACGACAAGCUGCUGCUGUGCGACGGCUGCGAUGACAACUACCACAUCUUCUGCCUGCUGCCCCCCCUGCCCGAGAUCCCCAAGGGCAUCUGGCGCUGCCCCAAAUGCGUCAUGGCGGAGUGCAAGCGGCCCCCGGAGGCGUUUGGCUUCGAGCAGGCCACGCGGGAGUACACCCUGCAGAGCUUCGGCGAGAUGGCCGACGCCUUCAAGGCCGACUACUUCAACAUGCCCGUCCACAUGGUGCCCACGGAGCUGGUGGAGAAGGAGUUCUGGCGCCUGGUGAACAGCAUCGAGGAGGACGUGACCGUGGAGUACGGCGCCGACAUCCACUCCAAGGAGUUCGGCUCCGGCUUCCCCGUGCGCGACGGCAAACGGCGCCUGUCCCCCGAGGAGGAGGAGUACGCGGGCAGCGGCUGGAACCUGAACGUGAUGCCGGUGCUGCAGCAGUCGGUGCUGUGCCACAUCAACGCCGACAUCUCGGGCAUGAAGGUGCCCUGGCUCUACGUGGGCAUGGUGUUCUCAGCCUUCUGCUGGCACAUCGAGGACCACUGGAGCUACUCCAUCAACUACCUCCACUGGGGUGAGCCCAAGACGUGGUACGGGGUCCCGUCGUUCGCGGCCGAGCACCUGGAGGAGGUGAUGAAGAAGCUGACGCCGGAGCUGUUCGAGAGCCAGCCCGACCUCCUGCACCAGCUCGUCACCCUCAUGAACCCCAACACCCUGAUGGCCCACGGCGUCCCCGUGGUCCGGACCAACCAAUGCGCCGGCGAGUUCGUCAUCACCUUCCCCCGCGCCUACCACAGCGGCUUCAACCAGGGCUACAACUUUGCCGAGGCUGUCAACUUCUGCACGGCCGACUGGCUCCCCGCGGGCAGGCAGUGCAUCGAGCACUACCGCCGCCUGCGCCGUUACUGCGUCUUCUCGCACGAGGAGCUGAUCUGCAAGAUGGCCGCGAGCCCCGAGAAGCUGGACCUGAACCUGGCGGCCGCCGUGCACAAGGAGAUGUUCGUGCUCGUGCAGGAGGAGCGCAAGCUGCGCAAGGCCCUGCUGGAGAAGGGCAUCACGGAGGCGGAGCGCGAGGCCUUCGAGCUGCUGCCCGACGACGAGCGGCAGUGUGACAAGUGCAAGACCACGUGUUUCCUGUCAGCCCUGGCCUGCUACGACUGUCCCCAGGGCCUCGUCUGCCUCUACCACAUGGACGACCUCUGCAAGUGCCCCCGCAGCAAGCAGUACCUCAGGUACCGCUACACCCUGGACGAGCUGCCGGCCAUGCUGCACAAGCUCAAGGUGCGCGCCGAGUCCUUCGACACCUGGGCCAACAAGGUGCGCAUCGCCCUCGAGGUGGAGGACGGCCGCAAGCGCACGCUGGAGGAGCUGCGGGCGCUGGAGUCGGAGGCGAGGGAGCGCAAGUUCCCCGAGAACGAGCUGCUGCACCGCCUCAAGGGCUGCCUGGGCCAGGCCGAGCGCUGCGUGUCCGAGGCCCUGGGGCUCAUCAGCUCCCAGGAGACCGGGGUCCCCGCGCCGGCGCUGACGGUGGAGGAGCUGCGGGCGUUCCUGGAGCAGAUGAACCAACUGCCCUGUGUCAUGCACCAGAUCGGGGACGUGCAGGCGCUGCUGGAGCGGGUGGAAGCGUUCCAGGCGGAGGCGCGGGCGGCGCUGGACGUGCCCCCCCCGGGCCCGGGGGCUCUGCAGGAGCUGCUGGAGCGGGGGGCCCGCCUGGGCGUCGAGGUGCCCGAGGGCCGGCGGCUGGAGCGGCAGCUGGCCCAGGCCGCGUGGCUGGAGGAGGUGACGGCCACCCUGCGCUCCCCGCGGGCCCGCGUGCCCCUGCCCGUCAUGCGCGGCCUCAUCCAGGCCGGCCGCACCGUGGCCCCCAGCCCCGCCGUGGACGUGGCCAUGGCCGAGCUGCAGGAGCUGCUGACCAUCGCCCAGCGCUGGGAGGAGAAGGCUCAGAUGUGCCUCGAGGCCAGGCAGAAGCACCCCCCGGCCACGCUGGCCGCCAUCAUCAAGGAGGCCGAGAACAUCCCGGCGCUGCUGCCCAACAUCCAGGCCCUGAAGGAGGCCCUGGGCAAGGCCCGCGCCUGGAUCGCCGACGUUGAGGAGAUCCAGAACGGUGACCACUACCCGUGCCUGGACGACCUGGAGGGGCUGGUGGCCGUGGGCCGGGACUUGCCGGUGCGGCUGGAGGAGCUGCGGCAGCUCGAGGUGCAGGUGGGCACCGCGCACUCCUGGCGGGACAAGGCCUCCCGCACCUUCCUCAAGAAGAACUCCUGCUACACCCUGCUCGAGGUGCUGUGUCCCUGCGCCGACGCCGGCUCAGACAGCAGCAAGAGGCUCAAGUGGCGGCAGGAGCCGGGGUUGUACCGGCUGGACGCCGAGAGCUUGGGGCUGUCGGCGCAGGACCUGCGGGACCCCGGUGCUGUGAUCGUGGCGUUCAAGGAGGGCGAGCAGAAGGAGAAGGAGGGCAUGCUGCGGCUCCGCCACGCCAACGCCCAGAAAGCCGCGCCACCUCUGCCAGGCCCGGGGCCACCAUCCUGCGUGUGCGGGCAACCGGCGGGGCCGGGCAUGCUGCAGUGCCAGCUCUGCCGGGACUGGUUCCACGGCUCCUGCGUGGCCUGGCCCCGCCUGGGCGCCCAGAAGCCCUCGCCGGCCUGGUGGGAGUGGGACGCCAAGUUCCUGUGCCCGCUGUGCCAGCGCUCGCGGCGGCCGCGCCUCGAGACCAUCCUGGCGCUGCUGGUGGCCCUGCAGAAGCUGCCGGUGCGGUUGCCCGAGGGCGAGGCCCUGCAGUGCCUCACCGAGCGGGCCAUCACCUGGCAGGACCGUGCCCGCCAGCUCCUGGCCUCGCCCGAGGUGGCCGGGCCCCUGGAGCGCCUGGCGGCCCUGCGGCACCGGCUGCACGGGGACAGCGACGGCGCCCUGCGCGAGGCCAGCCGCAACGAGCAGACCAAGGUGUCGGUGGAGAACGGGGACGCCCCCAGCCCGGAGAAGAACGGGCCCCUGCCCUCGGAGCUGGAGGCGCUGAGCGCGGCGCUGCCGCGGCUGCAGGGGCCGGUGCUGGAGCUGGCCGAGGGCACGCGGCGGCCGCUGGAGGAGCUGAUGAUGGAGGGGGACCUGCUGGAGGUGACGCUGGACGAGGCCCAGAGCAUCUGGCGGCUGCUGCAGGCCACGCGCCCGCCCCCGCUGGCCCUGUUCCGUCUGCUGCUCGAGCUGGAGCAGGCGGAGCGUCGGGGGGCUCGAGCCCGCGGCCGUGACCCCGAGAGGCGCCGGAAGCGCCGGGCAGAGCGGGGGCACCUCCCCUCCCUGGCCAAGGAGGAGCUGGAGCCAAAGAGGAGUCGGGGUCCUGAGGGGGGGGACCCCCGGGACAGCCCCACACCCGGCCCCCAGACCCCGGGGGACUCGUGACGUGGAGCCCCCAGCUCGGACGGACGCGGCUGACACGGUGGGGAUGGACUGGGGGGGGCCACCCCGGGCCUCCCCCCCAACCCUGAGACCCCCCCCAAACCUCCCCAAUUUGGGGUGAGGGGGGGAGGAGGAGGGGGGGGGUCUCCCCUUCCCCUCCCCCCCCCCAGCGAUGUAAUUAUUUGAGUUGUUUCUUUUGUAUCGUUCAGCCCCGGGGGGGGGGGGGGGGGGUUGGGUGGGCCACACACACAGCUGGGGGGUCCCCCCCAAAAUGGGGAGGGGGGGGGCCCCAACCAGCACAGCAGGGCCAGCCCCCCCCCCCAACCACCACCACCCCUCCCCCACCGGGUUUUUUAUAGGAUUGGGGGGGUGGGGGCGGGGGAGGGGACGGAUUUGGGGUCCCCCUGCCCCCCCUCCCCCCCCCCCCGCCGACACUAACAAGUCUCGAGCUCUUUGGGGCGGGGGCAGGGGGGGCCUUAUUUUAUUGUAUUAUGAUUUUUUUUUAUUAUUAUUAAACUUUGGAGGUUAAAAGGG